GGAGGGGACGAUGGAGGCGCGCAGGGCCCGGCGGCCCCGCGCCCCUCACAGCGCCCAGCGCCGCCAGCAGCGCCGCGGGGCCCGGCCCUGAGCCACGCCGUGAGUCGGGGAGCUCCGCGGGGCCCUGAGGGGGGUGUCCGCGGUGCGCGUGUGUCCCCGGUGCGCGUCCCUCUGUGCCCGUCCCCGGUGCGUGUCCCUGUGUCCCCUGCCCGGUGCCUGUCGCCGCCGGCGUGUGUCCCAAGUGCCCGCGUUCCCUCAUCCCUCCUGGGCAGCCCCGAGGCCGGAUAACCCUUCCCGCUGGGAUGGAUCGCGGGCCAGCGCCGCUGUUUGCCCGCCGAGGCCGGGGAUUGAAUUUCUCUCUCUCUGGCUGAGGUUCCUGCAGCUCCAGCAUGGAGAUGAGUCGGGAGAAGCUGUGUGCCAGCAAGGCUGAUGGCAGCUCAGACUCUGCCUACCACUGCUCGGCGUGCCACGGUGACGAGGAGUGGGGCAGCACCAGCCGGGGCCGGGCCAAGUCACGCAGUUUGUCAGCUUCACCUGCCCUUGGAAGCACCAAAGAAUUCAGGAGAACACGCUCCUUGCACGGACCAUGCCCAGUGACCACGUUUGGACCAAAGGCCUGCAUGCUGCAGAAUCCCAAAACGAUUAUGCACAUUCAGGAUCCAGCAAGCCAGCGGUUGACAUGGAACAAACCUCCCAAGAGUGUCCUUGUGAUCAAGAAGAUCCGUGAUGCCAGUCUGCUGCAGCCCUUCAAAGAGCUCUGUGUGUACCUCACCGAGGAGAACAAUAUGAUAGUGUAUGUAGAGAAAAAAGUGUUGGAAGACCCUGCUAUAGCUAAUGAUGAGAAUUUUGGACCAGUGAAGAAGAAAUUUUGCACCUUUAGAGAAGACUAUGAUGAUAUCUCCAAUCAGAUAGACUUCAUCAUAUGCCUGGGAGGAGAUGGGACCUUACUUUAUGCUUCUUCACUUUUCCAGGGUAGUGUACCUCCAGUCAUGGCUUUUCAUCUGGGAUCCCUUGGAUUUCUUACUCCAUUUAAUUUUGAGAAUUUUCAGUCCCAAGUCACUCAGGUUAUAGAAGGCAAUGCUGCUCUGGUUCUCCGGAGCAGGCUCAAGGUGAAGGUGGUCAAGGAGCACAGGGAGAAAAGCACAGUGCAGAAUGGCAUCGAGGAGAAUGGAGUCGUGGCUGCAAGCCUGGAGAAAGAAGUGGGCAAACAAAUUAUGCAAUAUCAGGUCCUCAAUGAAGUUGUGGUGGAUCGUGGCCCUUCCUCCUACCUGUCCAACGUGGAUGUGUUCCUGGAUGGGCACCUGAUAACCACAGUGCAAGGAGAUGGGGUGAUCGUGUCCACGCCGACCGGCAGCACCGCGUACGCCGCCGCGGCCGGAGCGUCCAUGAUCCACCCCAACGUCCCUGCCAUCAUGAUCACCCCCAUCUGCCCCCACUCCCUGUCCUUCAGACCCAUCGUGGUUCCUGCUGGAGUGGAGCUCAAGAUCAUGCUCUCCCCAGAUGCCAGGAACACGGCGUGGGUUUCGUUUGAUGGAAGGAAGAGGCAGGAGAUAUGCCAUGGAGACAGUAUCAGCAUCACUACCUCUUGUUACCCCCUCCCCUCCAUCUGCUUCCGGGACCCCGUGAGCGACUGGUUCGAGAGCCUGGCCGAGUGCCUGCACUGGAACGUCCGCAAGAAGCAGAACAACUUUGCCGUGGAGGAGGAAGAAUUCUGAGUGUCCACAGCCAGCAGGGCUCGUGGCAGUGGAAUGUGGCAGAAUCCCUCCCCUCUGCUGGGAUUUGGAGCAGUGGAACGUGGCAGAAUCCCUCCCCUCCACUUGGAUCUUGGAGCUGUCGGUGCAGGCGCCGCCCCGGAGCUGCCUUGAGGUUGUGUUGAUAUCCCUGAGGUGCUGGGGCUGGGAAGGGUUGAGCUCCUUCCUGGCCAUCAGGAGUGGGAGUGGAAGGCUCUGAUGGUUCUGAUCCAGUGGGAAUUUCCUUCCAAACGAGCAGUCUGAGAGUGGAUCAUUCCUGACUGCUGUCCAAAACCACAUCUGCAGAUUUGAUUGUAACCUCUGACUUACCAGUUCCAUGGUAGGCUGAAUGUAGCUACACCAGGGAAAAGUGGCAGCAGAAAAGUGGCAUUAAAAUCUUUUAUUUGAUAGGUUUGUAACUCCAUUUAACACUGCUAGGAACAGAAAGGCUCUGAGAAGUUUUCUUAUUUUAAAAACAAAGCUCCUCUUUGUUAUCUUAAAUACACCUUGCCCAGAAAAUACUUUCUUACUUGCAAGUGUGACACACUGAAGAAACAUCCACAAAGGAUGUUUUUUAUUAAUAGAUGGAAUUAGUAAUUAAAAGUAUAUAUUUUUUAUAUAUACAUUUUUUUCUCUUGUGCCCAUUUGAGCAGUGGUUGACCCUUGGCUGUCAGCACUGUGGAAAUACCCACAAACAGCAGGGAUGAACAUUAAUUAUUCUGGGUUUGUAGCUGAGCUAAUUCACAGCUCUGCACUUCCUCUUGGUGGGAAUCAUCCAUGUGUUGGUUUUUCUUAUUAUUUUUGUUUGAUUCCCUGGGAUAAAUGGUAGCAUUAGAGACUAUCAUGUUUAAAAAAUAAUAAUAAUUCUCCAAGUGUUCAAGAAGAAUCUGGACUUCAAUUGCUACUGAAUUCACUGUUGUCCUGAAGAAAAUAUCCUUUUCUAAGAUCCUGAAUGCCCUCAACUUCCAUGAAACCUUCCAACUCUUGGUGCUGAGUAAUCCAGGGUGGGAUUCUGCAGUGGUGGGCUGGAGAAAUGAGAGGACACAUUCCCAGUGGAGUAGCAACGGUGCCUUCAGCACACUCAAGAUAUUCUAAGUCUCACAUUUACUUUUUUUAAGAUGCUUUCAAAUGUUUCUAACUUCUCUCUGUACAUAUUUUAUUGUAUGUGCUUUUAUGAAAGAACAAACAAAAAACCCAACAAAAGAACUGGUUGGGAUGGGGGGAAAGGGUUUGUACUGUACUUUACCUGCAAAACAGCAAACCCAAGGAUAAUGUUUACAUUUAUGUUCUCUGUGGUGCAGUCUCUUCAUCUUACCCAAACUUCAGCAUUUUCAAGUCUUGCUGCAUCGCUCACUGAGGGAGGGAGGGACAGGAGCUGCUCAGUCCUGUGGCAGAACCUGGCAAGGAAUGGAUUCCUGGCUGAGGAGGGAUUUCCUUGGAAUGGGGGCAGAACCUGGCCAAGGAAUGGAUUCCUGGCUGAGGAGGGAUUUCCUUGGGAACAGGGGCAGGAUCUCUGCAAGGAAUGAUUCCUGGCUGAGGAGGGAUUUCCUUGGGAACAGGAUCUCUACAAGGAAUGAUUCCUGGCUGAGGAGGGAUUUCCUUGGGAACAGGGGCAGGAUCUCUGCUGAACCCUUUCCAUGAUUGUCUUACGUUGUGUCUGUGGUCCAAAGUGGAAAUGGGAAUGGCUUCAUUUCCAAACUCUGCCUGACCUGUUGUCCUCUGGUGGUUUCAAUAAUGUCUCAUCCCUUUUGGAUGCUGCCCUGGGCUGAGCUCCUCAAGUGCAGGUGAGAGCAUUUUCCAGAAAAGAGAAGCAAACUCUUGGGUGAAGAUUCAGAUCACAACGAAAGCGUGUUGGGAUAAAUGAACACUUGGCCUGUACAUUUUGUUACAUAGAAUAUUGGUUUGAUUGGGUCAAAACCAGAUGGAUUUUGGGAUAUCUUGGAGAAUCUCCAGAGAGCUUUUGGGAUUUCUCUUUCACUUGAAUCUGCAGUAAUUGUUUUAUCACUGUUUUGAAGCUGCUUACGGGUUUCCUAAGCGGAGUAUUCAGUUAUUUCCUAACUGGUUACUUUUGGAACUAGAGAAGUGUCAGGCUUUUUUGCUUUGGAACUCUUUUGUUUAAACAUGCAAUAAUUGAGAGAAGGAACAGGGUAUGGUGUCUAGAGAAACGUGUGGAUGAGUGGAGAGUGAGCAGUUCUAGGCACACUGGGGAGUGGAAGAUCAUUUUGCAGAGGUGAAAUGAUUGAUGAGCCUUAUCUAGUAUUUUUUUAAAGAUAAAACUAUAUUCAGCACUUUUUAUUUAUGCUUUUUAUAAUAGUAAAGCUAUUCUUAAAGCUAAAUUGCCGAACUUUUAAUUUUCAGAGUGCACAGGCAAUUAAAUCUGUAAUCAAAGUGUACUGAACUACUUUAGAUCUACAUUAGGGGUUGGCUUGAAAUUUCUUCUUUCAAUUUAUCACCUGCUGCAAUUGCAUUGCUGCCUCUGAGGCUGCUGCAGCUUUGCUUGUGCAUAGUUGUGCUGAGAAAAGGCAUUUUCUGGGUGGCUGCUGAGCAACUUCAGCCCUGGCUUUUCCUCCAAAAGCUGCCUUGAUUCUCCCUGGCCCAGCCUGGGCUGUGGUAAAGUUUUUAAUCUGCAAACUGCAGGGCAGGGAGGCUGCAGCAGCCCUGGAGUUCUGCACUGAGCUGCUCCAGGAGUGGGGGAGCUGAAGCAGAAAAAAGCUGAAAUGCACCUCACUUUAUUGGCAAUAAAACCUCGUUUUGCUAAUGUAGCUUAUUCUGAAUAACUUGGUUAAACUGUGCUAAAAAUGGGGGUUUGCUGAUUAAGAGUUUGUAAUAAAAGGGUUUGUAAGUCACUGGCACUUACAAAUCCUUUCAUCUACAAAGGGCCAAAAUGGAAGCUGGGAAAUUAAUUUGGUUUUUUUUAAGAAAAAAAAAGAAGUUAUCCUCUGGUAGAAAUGGAAGAAGUUGUUACCAACUGUAGUAGGGAAUAAAGCAGUGUACUGAAUUUUUAAAAGCUAAAAAAUCCUGUUACAUAUUGUUAACACAUUGAAAACUUGGUUUUAAAUAUUGUUGAGAAAUAAAAUAUUUUUCAAUCCUUUCAAUAAAACUUUUUUGUAAAGUUG